ACCGUGAUUUUUUGGUUCCACUUGUAAAACUGGUCACUUUCCCACCCGCUCCAUCAACAUUCCUCAGUUACCUAAUACAUAAAUCACCAAAUAUAUAAAAUUACAAAUCAAGUUGAUUGAUGAUGUUGUAAUCACUCUUUCUCAUUCUAUAACUCUAGCUUACAAUUUCUCUCUCUUUGGCAAUUUUUUGGUAUUAUAGGAAUUAUGAACUGAAAUGUGAUAAAGCUUCACAUAUGGGGGUUACAAGAUUUUUUGCAAUGUUGUUUAGCAGGAAAAUACAUAAGAUAGUCAUGACUCAUGUUUAGAAACUUUCUGAGCUUUUCAGCACUGGUGUUGACAAUGGCAGUUAUUAUAUCUUUGGUACUGAUAUUUGUGGGACUAGUGUUCCUGGUCCUGAUUCAUGUGUGUUUGUCUGAGUGGUUCUCAAGAACAGGAGGAGGCUCAGGAGGAUCAAUGACUGAGAGGGGUGCAAAUGGGGGAAGAAGCAUGUCCAAAAAGGACUUGGAGAAGCUUCCUUGCUAUGAUUAUGUUGCCAAAGACAACAGCACAUGUAGCCCUGUGGAUUGUGCAGUUUGCUUGGAGAAUCUCACUACAGGAGAUAAGUGCAGAUUGUUGCCUGUUUGCAAGCACAGUUUUCAUGCCCAGUGUGUGGAUACUUGGCUUCUCAAGACACCCAUCUGUCCAAUUUGUAGAUCCAGUGCUGGGUCUUCUCAUAGUGGAAACCAAGUUCAAGUUGUGGAAAGUGGUUCAUCAAGAAAUGUUGCAAUAGAAAUGAUGGACAAUCCAAUAUUUGGAACCCCCAGGUCUGGUCAAGGAGAAGUGGAAUCAAGAGUGCACCAAACAGGUACAGCUGAAAAUCAAUGAUGUUAUUGUCUGCUCACUUUUCCCUGAUGCUAUAGAAUUUGUAGUUAAGAUGUUUGAAAAUCAAACAAUGAAGUCUUCUAGUAUCAUCAUUGUUGUUACAUUAUUGUGCUCCAUUUGGCUAUAUUUUAAUUUAUUUCCGUGGUC